AUGAAUAGUUAUAACAGGAUAAAUGGCUAUGAAUCUAUUGAAAUUCAUAACUUACAAGAGGUAUACAAUGAAACCUGUGAUACAGUAAAAUUUAAGAUAUGGGGUUUGCAGGAAGACAGGACCAGGAACUUUUUAUACCACUUUGGAUGUGUGAUACUACUUGGUAUACCCUAUUUAAUAUUUAGUUUUUAUCCUAAGCUGAAGAGUGUUAAGUUUAAGAAAGCUCCUUUGGAAAGUGCUACAAUAUUGCUAAUAACAGACAAUUUUGGGGCGUCUGAGUAUGUUAAUGUCCAAAAUGAGAUAGUAUCAGUUUCGAAUUUGACUGAGCUUAGGUAUUUUUUAUAUCGGCUUACCAAAUAUGUUUGGCAUUGUGAAACUAAAUCUUUUGUAACACUCCAGGUUUUUAUACCAGCGAAGACUGUUGAUGAAUAUUUGAAUGACACAAAUGGGUUAACCAAUGAAGAAUACAUAAGCAGCUUAGACUUGUAUGGAAAAAAUAAAAUUGAAGUAGAAAUAAAACCAUACUGGACUCUGUUUAUCGAAGAAGUGCUAAAUCCAUUUUACAUAUUUCAAGUUUUUUCCGUGGGACUUUGGUUAUUCGACGAUUACUUACUAUAUGCUUUCUGUGUCGUUGGUUUAACCAUAUUUUCCAGUGUUACAUCUUUACUACAGACACGCAGGCAAAGCGAAGCCAUCCGUGAUUUAGCUGAGUCUUCCAAAUGCCUUGAAGUAACAGUAUUACGUAAAUAUUUAAAUGAUAAUAGUAGUCAAAUUAUCGAUCCUGUCGAUCUCGUUCCGGGAGAUCUUAUUAUUCUUUGUUCCUCAAAAUAUACAAUGCCUUGUGAUGCCGUCCUUCUUACAGGCGAAUGUAUCGUUAACGAAAGCGUUUUAACAGGUGAAAGUGUCCCAGAAACCAAAACAGCUCUACAUUCCGGUACGGAAAUGUAUGAUGUAGACGAGCACAAGCGCCAUACUCUCUUCUCGGGCACAACCGUCAUUCAGACUCGUUAUUACAGCAGCGAACAUGUUCUAGCAAGAGUCGUGCGGACUGGUUUCGAUACGACGAAGGGAUCUCUCGUUAAAAGCAUUCUUUUCCCUGUACCAGUCGAUCUCAAAUUUUACAGGGACAGUAUGAAGUUCGUUUUGGUGCUAUUUUCUGUGGCGAUGAUUGGGAUGACGUAUUGUUUGUAUUUAUAUAUUUCCAGACAUGCACCACUAAAAGAUAUCAUUAUACGAACCUUAGAUAUAAUAACGAUCGUAGUACCGCCAGCUUUACCAGCCGCCAUAGCUGUGGGCACCGUCUACAGUCAGAAUCGCCUGAGAAAAAUUGGAAUUUUUUGUAUAAGUCCGCCCAGAAUAAAUGUUUGUGGAAAAAUUAAAAUUGCUUGUUUUGAUAAAACAGGUACGUUAACCCACGACGGUUUGGAUAUGAAUUGUGUGAUACCUUGUACAGAUGCUUCGUUUUCCGAUCCAGUAAGCGAUGUUCGUCAAUUAGAUGUAGAGUCAAAGCUUGUUCAAAUAAUGGCCACGUGUCAUUCUUUGACAAGAGUUGACAAUGUAUUAAACGGUGAUCCAUUAGAAUUAAGUAUGUUUGAGUUUACAAAGUGGGAAUUAGAGGAACUUGGAAUGACAGAAACUGCACGUUACGAUAUGUUAGCUCCAACUGUAGUGGGACCCACUUUAAACCAUAAUUUAAAUCCUUUAGAUAUUAAUGAAACCGAGCUACCUUACGAAAUAGCACUUUUAAGAAAAUUUGCCUUUUCUUCCACGUUUCAAUGUAUGUCUGUGAUAUGUCGUGAUCUACGUCAACCCCACAUGGUGGCAUUUACCAAAGGUGCUCCCGAAAAAUUGCUGAAUAUGUGCCGCGAGGAAACCAUUCCGGAAAAUUUUCUUUCGAAGUUAGCUCAGUAUACGGCCCAGGGUUACCGAGUUAUUGCCUUAGGCUAUAAGGAUUUGCCGGAAAAUUUCAAGUGGAAAGAGGCGCAAAAGGUGAAAAGAGAUAAGAUAGAAUGUGAUUUAACUUUUCUUGGAUUUUUAAUUAUGCACAAUCCUUUAAAAGAAGAAACUGCUCCUGUGAUAAAAAUACUACAAAAUGCCAAUAUUAGAACAGUUAUGGUAACAGGUGAUAAUAUUUUAACAGCCAUUUCAGUGGCUCAUGACUGUGGAAUGGUUAGGAAGUCAGAUAAAAUAUUUAUUCUCACAGUCGAAACAACCAGAGCUGAUGAAAACCAGAUGGAAACUACAAGACUCCAGUAUGAAGAGGUGGGAAGGGCGUUAGUUACCGAUUCGGUUGUUAGCAUCGAUAGAGAUCACUACCAUAUAGCCGUCGAGGGAAAAACGUGGAGUAAAUUAAGAACACAUUAUCCGGAUCUAAUUGCUGGUCUUUUAGUAAAAGCUACCAUAUUUGCGAGAUUUAAGUCUGAUCAGAAGACGGAGUUGAUUACUUAUUUACAAAAACUGGAUUAUAUAGUUUCCAUGGUCGGUGAUGGUGCUAACGAUUGUGGGGCAUUAAAAGCAGCUCAUGUUGGUGUAUCAUUAUCUCAAGCUGAAGCCAGUGUCGCAGCUCCGUUUACCUCUUCAAUUCCAAACAUAUCAUGCUUGGUUCAUUUAAUGCUGGAAGGAAGAUGUGCGCUGGUGACCAGUUUUACGCUGUUUAAAUACAUGGCUCUCUAUAGUCUCAUUCAAUUUUUAUCGGUAUUAAUUCUUUACAGGGCACAUUCCAUGAUUGGAGACGCCCAGUUCUUGUUCGUUGAUUUAAUAAUUACAACUAGUUUUGCAAUAACUAUGGCAAGACAAGGUCCCUCCGGCUACUUAGGUUCCAAACGUCCAAUGAGUUCACUCGUAUCUGCCAAAAACGUGCUGCCUUUACUUUUACAAAUCGCCCUAUGUGCCUUAUUUCAAAUAGGAUCGAUAUACUACUUAUUCCAACAAAAAUGGUUUAAACCAAUUCCAAGCAAUACGAUCGAACCUAUAAUAGUUUCAUGGGAGAACACAGUGGUAUUCUGUGUGUCGUGUUACCAGUAUAUUAUCCUAGCGGUGGUGUAUUCCAAGGGCAGGCCGUACCGAGAAAUGCUUAUUACUAAUUCAUGGUUUCUGUUGUCGGCUGUCAUAUUGGUAAUAGCUGUAACAUGGCUAAUUGUUUAUCCCUGUAAGUAUAUUGCUGAUUUGAUGAACUUGGUCUACAUUCCACACGGAAAGAGAGUGGAGAAUGAUUUCAAGUACAGUUUAUUAGCAUUUCCUGUUCUUCAUUUGAUUUUGGCGAGUCUAAUAGAGGUGGGCAUGGCAGACAGAGAAUGGUUGAAGAAAUGUAUCCAGUUUAUAAAAUGUAAAUCCAUUCCAAAAAAUCGAUACAAACUUUUACUUAGAGAACAUAAUUAUUUACCUCUCAUAAACGACACAGAUUCGCUUUUUUAGGAACAACGGUUAA